AUGGCCACCCCUCCCUCCUCCCCCUCCCCGACCAAAUCCCCCGCCCCCGACUCCGCCGCUGCUGCCAACACGGCCGCCGCCGCCGCGAGCCCCCUGGCCAGGCCUCCCCCCACGGCCUGGAGCCACCAGGAGACCGUAUACCUGAUUCAAAUCUACCAGGACAAGUGGUACGCCCACAAGCGGGCCGCCCUCAAGGCCCCCCAGUGGGAAGAGAUAGCCACCGCCGUGGCCGCCCGCUUUGGCGGCACCGGGAAACUCCCGCCCAAGACCCCCACCCAGUGCCGCCACAAAAUGGAGAAGCUCCGCAAGCGGUUCCGCGCCGAGCGGCAGCGCGGUGGUGGCGGCCCCACUGGGUGGCCCUUUUACGACCUCAUGGACCGCCUCGAGCGCGGCCCCAAGGCGCCUGCUCGCCCCAGCUCACAGUUAACCCAUCGGGCCAAAAGUCAAAACUUCCACAGCAAUAGUCAUGGUUUCCGAGGUCAUCACAAUGAGUACGACGAGGACGAGGAGGAAGAGGAGGAUGAUUAUGGUCGUUACGAUGAUAACAACAAUGACGAUGAGGAAGACGGUAAUUACGGUCGGUCCCAGAGCAUCAACUACAUUCUCCGCCGGCCCACUGUGGUUAACCGGUUCCCGAGUGACCAGAGUUUCUCCAGCAGUUCCGUCCCGGGUUUUAUGCCGAGGCACCUGGCGCCGGUACCAAAGAAGAUGAGGGAGGACGUUGAAGAGCAGGGCGAGCAGAAGGAGGCGCAAGCAGAGAAGGAGCGGAUGAGGAGGGUUGCUGUCGCGGAGAUGGCUGGGGAGAUACGGGCGUUUGCGGAGACCUAUGUCGGGAUGGAGAAUGCGAAGAUGGAGAUGAUAAGGGAUGCUGAGCGAAGUAGGCUUGAGAUGGAGAGCAAGAGGAUGGAGAUGAUCCUCGAUUCGCAGAGGAAGAUUGUGGAGGCCAUUGCCAAGGCAUUGGACAGGCCCCAGAAGGGCGCAGCCAAGAUUGAUCAGGAAUCGUGA